GCUCCUCCUUAUGGCCUAAAGAAUCUUCCGCUCCGCUGCCAAAGGAGGUCAAAAAGAAGACAGAGGAAAAAAUUAUUAAUGCAGCCAUGUUCGAUUGAAAAGCUUGCACCCUGUUCUAAAGAAAAUCCUGUUUCAAAAAUGGAAACUGUUUUCGAAGCGACUCCUGAGGAGAGGAAAGAAAACACCAUAUCUUUGAUGCAUGAGGAGUUCAGGAAUGUCAGUGAAACUUCUACUGAUAUACCUGGGAUUCCAUUCGCUCCUUCCAUCAAGAAUUCCAAACCUGGAGUCAUUUCUGUCCUUGAAAAGGCUUCGUUGGUGCCAGCUUAUGUUGGGAGGGUACAUAUAUCAAGAUAAUACCUUUUCCCUUCAUUCAGUUUAAGCAUGCUGGUUUUAUGCGCAAGAAAAACAUGAAUCCUUAUGAUUAUAGACCUGACAUUAUCCAUGAGGUUCUUGUUGAUAUAUUGGGUAGCCGGCUUAAUAUGGCAGGUAUGGUUAAAGCAGUGUAUGUUAAAACUGACCAAAGGCUUCUUAUCAGAAUCGAACCACAUAUAAACAUACCACCAACACCGGGGAAAUUUUGUUCUCUAAUGUCCGAGUUGUUGCAGAAGUUUACUAUCAAAGCAAGAGGUAAAGGUGAAAAACUAAUGAGAUUGAUUGCGAACCCUUUGGACAAGCAUUUGCCACUGAACUCCCUUAAAAUAGGGCUUUCCUUCAGCUCAUCCAAGGCUGUCAAUUUGAGGGAUUAUGUUACUGCCAUCAACAACGAUUGUACUCUAGUAUUCACAGUAUGGUCACUCUCCACAGAUUAAUUAAGCGAUCUUUCCUUUAUGUUUAGCCUCAUCUUUUCUGUAAAUGAGACAGGCCUGAUUAUCGAAUUAUCCCAUCAGAUUGGUUCCAUGGCUCAUGGGAAGAUUGAUUCUGAACAUACCUGAUUGUAGCCGAAUUCUGCCUUUUUCUUGGAUACAUUCCCCUAUUUCAGUCUAUUUUCAUAUGAAGGACGAUCAUCUAUUCUUUUGUUUUAGUUUGUCCUUGAGUUUCUAUCCUGAGAACUGUUUUGUUUGCAGUUUCCUCGCUUCCAUUAAGUGCUGGUGUUUGUGUGAGACGUAUAUGCUGCGAGCUGGAGAGGCAGUGGGAAAUUCUCUGAUUCGAGGUGUAAUUAUUACCAAUGUACAGCUUGCUCCAAGAAUUAUUCAGCGUAGUGCUGCUUAUCAAAACCCACGACUCUAACUUGUCCAAAUUAACAUGAAUAUUAGUUUUCAC